AUGACCCUGAACUUCAACCUCCCACAAAUACAAGAUAACGCAGAUGGAUCAUGGGGUCCUAGUACCAGCGCACUUCCCGCUCAGUUCAAGGACAUUCCUUACGCACCGUUCUCCAAAUCCGACAAAGUCACUCGAGUAGCAGACUGGCACGAUGCCCCCGCUGAUGCUAACAAUGGCCGACAAAGACAAGGACAAGCCCGACGUGGUGGAAGAGAAGCUUAUGGCGCUGCCGAAGGAACUGUAUUCGGUUUCGUUCAUGACGAAGAUGAAAAAUCUUUCUCACUCGUCGACAGUGGCGCACGAGCUGGAACCAGAGGAAAAACUCCUCUCAGAGGCAGAGCCAUCAGAUCUACUGCUCCCACUAGAGGUGCAAGAGGUCGAGGUGGUGCGAGAGGCGGUUUCGGUGGAAGAGGAAGAGGCGGUGGUCGAGGUGGAUACAGUGAUUGGAACAAGCCUCAACGUACUAGAGAUUCUUCUGUUACUAUCAGUCCCGAUUGGCAAGUUCUUGAGGAAGUUGACUUUACUAGACUUGCCAAGUUGAACCUAAGUGUUGAGAAUGCCGAGGAUGUCGCAAGCUACGGUACUGUCCAAGCUUACGAUCGAGCCUUUGAUCGAAUCAAUACUCGGAAUGAGAAACCACUUGAAAUCCUUGACCGAGUUCGAUACAACACUUCUACAUCUGACGAUCCCGUCAUUGCUCAAUUAUCCGAAAAGAAAGCUGCUCAAAUCUUCGCUACCGAUUCUAUCUUAUCUGUCUUGAUGACCGCACCUCGAUCAGUAAACUCAUGGGAUAUCAUAUUCGAAAGAAAAGGUGAUCAAUUAUUCUUGGAUAAAAGGGAAUCCGGUCCAUUCGAUUAUAUUACAGUAAAUGAGAAUGCUGCCGAUCCACCAGUUGAUUCAGAUGAUCAAACCAAUAUCAAUUCAGCUGGUUCAUUAUCAUUAGAAGCAACUUAUAUCAACCAAAAUUUCUCUUCCCAAGUUAUCCAAGCUUCUUCAAAACCUUUCACACCUAAACCCAAUCCAUUCUAUUCAGCAGACAUUGAAACUGAACCUUUGGCCUCAACAUUAUACAAAUAUAGAAAAUUCGAUCUAUCUAUUUCAGAGGAUGAAACAUUCGAUAUUAUUGUCAGAACUGAAGCAGAUGCUUAUUUAGGCAAAAAAGAUACUUUAAUAACUGUUAAAGCAUUGAACGAAUUUGAUCCUAGAUCGCAAGGUGGUUCAGGUAAACCAUUAGAUUGGAGAAAGAACCUUGACAUCCAAAAAGGUGCUAUCGUAGCUUCUGAGAUGAAGAACAACAGCGCUAAAUUGGCUAGAUGGGCUGUUCAAUCGAUCUUAGCCGGAGCCGAAUUGAUGAAGAUGGGUUACAUAUCUCGAGCCAAUUCCAAAGAUGCUCAAAGACACGUUAUCGUCGGAGUACAAUCGUUCAAACCUCUUGAUUUCGCCAGACAGAUGAAUGUCUCUUUGACAAAUGGUUGGGGUAUCGUUCGAACUAUCGCUGAUAUACUACUCAAACAACCCGAGGGUAAAUACGUACUUGUCAAGGACCCCAACAGUCCUCAAAUCAAACUCUACAAAGUACCAGAUGAUGCCUUCGAUGCCGGUAUCGAGGAAGAAACUAUUGGGGAAUCCCAAAUUGACGAAGAUUAG